AUGACUUUGUCUAAUAGAAAGCAAACAGUUUGUGCAGAUAUUAGAUUAGCAAUUUGUUUGGUUGAAGGAAGAUUACGCUGCUACGGGGACUGUAUCUACAUGGCAAAUGGCAACCCUCUUGCUGCUGCGGCGUCGUCCUCACCGUGCGCCCUUGUUCCUCGUGCGAAAAACCUUCGACGACUAGCUAGUCGCAUUGGUAUUUUGUCGUCGUCGCCACUGUCCUUGCCCAUUUUUGCCGCUCCGGUGUUCCUCGUCCUUGCCCCUCGCCGUCGCGACGCUGGAUCUGCGCUGUGGUUCCGUCGAAGCUGUCCUUGCCUCUGCGCUGUUAUUCCACCGAAACUAGGCAGAUCCUCGCGCCCCUCACCGUCGCGACGCUGGAUCUGCGCUGUGGUUCCGCCGAAGCUGUCCUUGCCGCUGCGCUGUUGUUCCGCCGAAAUUAGGCAGAUCCUCGCGCCCCUCGCCAUCUCUCUGCGCCAUUGUUCUCGCUGCCAACCUCACGCCACGAAGCCCCUCUCUGAAACUUGCAAAACUUCGACUGACAAUCUAUGGUAA